UAGGAGCACAGAGCACACUGAGCUGCAAUAACAGGUGCAAGCAAAGCUAUGGAUACUGUUGAAGAAAGUUUGAAGUGUCCCGUCUGCCAGGAUUUCUUCACAGAUCCGGUAACGCUCCCCUGUGGACAUGACUUCUGCCUCACCUGUAUCCACGCUGUCUGGGAAACAGAUGGGUGUAGAGAAGGUCCUUUUUUCUGUCCAGAGUGCCAGAUAUUCCUCUCCUCUGACCUCACUCUGGAGAUAAAUGGCAGUCUUCAGACCAAAGUAAAGGACUUCACCACGAACAGGCCACCAGCAGCACAGCUCCAGACAUCAACUCCAAGCAGGGCAACCACAUCAUCUUCAACUAUCCACUGUGACCACUGCAUAGAGAGCCCAUCGGUGGCCAUAAGGACCUGUCUGACCUGUGAUGCCUCCCUAUGCCCGGCUCAUGCCCUGCUGCACGAGCAGAGGUCUGCUCUGAGAGAGCACACAGUUGUGGAGGUGACAGGAGAUCCGCUGUCUCUGAAGUGCAAGGAGCACCGUGAUGAGCUCAAGCUCUUCUGUAUGGAGGAAAGGGUCCCUGUGUGCUGCUUGUGUGUCCUGGUUGGCAUGCACAAGAACCACAAAGCAUCUCAACUCCAUGAAGCCUGCGCACACUUCAAGGGCAUGUUAGAGACCACUAUGAACCAACUGCUGAAGAGGCGAAGUGAAGCAGAACUUGCAAUCAAGGACUUGGAGUCACUGUAUACACAAACAGUGAAGUCUGCUGCAGAUUUCAGAGAGAGAAUCUCAGACAAGUACAGCAGAAUCCGUGUCGUCCUGGAUGGUGAUGAGCGUCUGAUGAUGCAGAUUAUAGAUGCAGAGGAGACAUACAUGACCGAGUGGCUAGAAGCCCAGAGGGGCAUCAUGGAGGCCCAGAUCAAAGAGAUAGAUAACCUCAGAGCCUCCAGAAAAUCACUCCUCCAGGACACAAAUGAUCAGCGAUUCCUACAGCAAAUCACAGCACAGAAUCUUUGUGACCCUUUGGAUUUAGCACCUAUCCAGGAAGUAGACAGGGAUCUGUGUGACCCUGAGAAGCUGAGAACAGUAGAGAAGCUGGUGGAUGACCUCUCGGUGGCUCUGUCCCAACACUUUCCAAGAAUGUGGUCAUAUUUAAGCUCUCCUGCUCUGGACUCCCAGACAGCCCAUCCAAAACUGGAAUUAUCCCAGGACAGGAAGCAAGUGUACUGGAGAACACAGCCUGUGAGUGAGGCUCUAAGCCCCCAACCAUAUGACUCCCAGUACAGUGUCCUGGCUCAGGAGAGUUUUACUAGUGGCCAGCACUACUGGGAGGUGAUGGUCCAGGAGAAAUCCUACUGGCUGAUAGGUGUGACCACUUGGCCAGUCGAUAAAGAAGAUGGACCAAGUCAGAGUUCCUCCAGCCUGGGCGUGAACAAAUCAUCCUGGUGCAUCUACCAUGGAGAUGGGCAGUACCUGGCAUGUCACGAUACCCAGGAGAAGCAACUGUCAGUGGGAAAGAGAGUCAGAAAGCUGGGCAUACUGGCCGAUCUCCAGAAGGGGGAGCUGUCAUUCUACGAUGCUGAUGCUAUGACCCUGCUUCACUCUUUCUGUGUGCAGUGUACAGAGCCUCUCUACCCCAUGCUUAACCCAUGUAUUGAUGUGAAUGGACUGAACAAGCAGCCUCUUACCUUGUUUUCGAUUAAGCAACCCUGGGAGUAGCAUGUAAACACAGAUGGAUGUAAAGAGUGAACUUGGAGGACAACCUUAAAUGAUUCAGUGAUCAAACUCUACAUUCUCUUCACAAAUAUUUUUCCAUGGUUAUUUCAAUUUUUGUUUUCAUUAAAUUACAUGGCGGAGAUGUCAAACAUGCUGUAAAAGAUGUUUGUGUCAAAAACUAAGCUGUUAGAAAGCUAAGUAAGAAAAUUAUAGCUGAGGAGAGAAGUUUUUAACUUCUAGUUUUUUAGUCUUGCCUACAGUCAUAUAUUCAAUCCUACAUAUAGCUUUCCAGUGUCUGCAGUUGUCAUGUAACAGUAAAUAUUUCAUCAAGUUGUAUCAGGUGCGUCCUCAAACAGCACUUUUGUUCUGCGGUCAAGGCUGGCUACUCGUUCAGCAGCUUAGCAGCUCUCAUGUUCAACCUUAUGUAGUUCUGGAAGUAAAUGACCUGUGUGUAAACUACUGGCUUUUUCUUUGUCUUCAGCUUACCGGACCAUGGACGACAUACAUUCUCACAUGUCAAUGGCCCUGCAGAUUUGAUGCCCUGCAGCAAACAAAAUACCCAGUGAGGCCAAAUAACAUGAACAGUGACACUGUAUUUCUAUAGGGCACAG